AUGCAUCCAAUUCUGAAUGUGGUCGUCGUUAGUUUCCAUCACAAGCGAGGAUGUGAGGUAGAAUACUCGCACCCGAAACUCGAUGGCACGGGCGAAUCGGGAUUACCCGAUGAAUGGCAUCUUCUUCCAUCACUGGCGUUGCCGGAUGGUGUACAUAAUUGUCAAAAAGAUACAAUAUUCUUUUUGCUUCCAUCUAGAGAAGAACCUGGAAAAUCGAUAUUUGGCAUCUCGUGUUACAGACAAAUCGAUGCAAAAGAAUUAAUAAAUAAAUCGGAAGAUGUGACUAGGACCAGUGUUCAAAAAGCUGUAUGCGUUCUUUCAAGAAUACCACUUUUUGGUCCAUUAAAAGCAAAAUUGGAAGUAAUAACUCAGGCAUAUUUUGAACAAAAAGAUUUUUCGAAAGUUGAUGUUCUUGCUCAAAUGUAUACGAAUCUUUGCGAUAUAUUCGACGAAAAUCUUACUGGAGAAUACUUUUCAAAUCUAGCUCAUCAUGAAAUAUCAAUUCAAGAGCUUUUUAUACGAUUCCGUCACCGAGCUCUACUGCUUUUUAAAUUAUUCCUAUUAGAGCGGAAAGUUUUAUUCAUUGCACCAACUGGAUUACGAUUAGGAGAAACUAUGCUGGCUAUUGUUUCAAUGUUUCCAAAGCUUUUGGAAGAAGGUCUGUUCUACGCAACAAUCGGGGUCAAUACGAGUUGUCAUUUCAAAAAUGUAAAUUCAAAAACUGAAGGAAAAAGCGAAGAAAUAGUGAUAGAAGAGGAGGUUGGUGUUCAGCUUUCACAUGAUGAUCCAUUGAAAGAAAAGGAUUCGUGUGGAUUUCCUAUAAGCUUAUUCACACAAGGAUCAUCAUUUGAUCCAUAUCUAUCAAUUCAAUCAAUGGAUUUAGUCCCGAAGACUCAGAGUUGUAUAUUUGGAGCUACGAAUGCCUUAUUUGCGAUGAAAAAGGAUUUAUUUGAUGUUAUUGUGAAGAUCGAAGACGACGGUUCUCUUGUCCAUAAUCACAUUGAAUUUGUCAACGACACAGCAUUGGAACGAGUAGUUUCUCUAACUACUGCAGAUCUUCGAUUCGCUGAUUUUAUUCUCAAAAAAGUCGAAGAACAGGUUAAAUCCUCAAAUGCUGAAUUCGAUGGAUCAGAUGAAUGGAUUCGUUUACAAAUGAAAAACUAUCUUCUUGGCCUCGUUGCCACGUCACGUUCCGAUCUACAAGCAGCGAUACCUCAUUUUGGAAUCGCUUUUGUAAACGAAUGGCGGAGAACUAAAAAUCACAAAAUUUGGGUUGCAAACAAACAUGAAGAUUUAACAUCUGUUGCGCCAGGGCACAUGUUCUCGGAACAAAUGGGAGUCUAUGACGUGUAUCUUCGUUUUGAACAUGCCGUAAAUGGAGUUGAAGGAGCUUCAAAAGUUAUUGGAACUGUAAAUACUGCCGGAAAGAAUUUAGGAAAUACCAUUGGAGAAACCGGUAGUCGAGUCAAAGCAAAAUUCUCAAACUGGUGGAAUCGAAAAGCAACCGCACAAGAAGGUGUUGAAGAGGCAGAGGAGCCAUCUGAGUGAUUUAUUAAAGUCAAAUAUGUAUAAUGGGCAUUUUAUCAUCUUUUAAAGUUUUUUAUUGUAAUUAGAAUUUCUGUCAUAUUUCCUUUGUUUUGUUUGUGUUCCAUUCAAUUUGAUCUCUUAAUGAUCGAAUCGUUUUCAUCCGGUUUAUGUAAGUCUAAUCAGUUUGUUUUUCAUGUAAUCAAUAUAACUAUGCAUUUGUUUAAACUCAAAAAUUGGUUUAAUAUACGGGUGAAGAUGAACAUCCUUUUAUAUAUUACUUUCUUCUAAUGAUAGAAUUGUGAUUUAUGAUCUGUGACCAUUAAUGUUUUGAUUUUAAAUACGUAGACAAGUUGAAGAGGCAAACAAAUAACGUUUAAUAUUUAGUUGAAGAGAAAACUUUUUUUUCAAAAACUCGGAUAAUAUUUUUUCCAGUUUUCUUAUUCACAUUUUAAAAGCACAAUUUACAAUUGAUAAUGUUAAAAUUCAACAAACUUUUCAAACUUCCCAGGAACCCCCUACAAACUUUGUUUUCCUGUGACGUCACUAAGCUACCUUUGCACUGUAGACGUUCAGAUUUGUAGUCUCUCCUCUUUUUGUCCCU